CGCGCAAGACUGAACAUACGUUCACGAAAUGAAAAGAUGAGAUUCUAUAUCGUGUCUGAAGUUUAUUUUUGAAGAAUUUAUUUAUCACUAAGGGUCGUUUCAACAGUGACGUGUAAUAUUCAGGUUGAACCAUAUGGGAAUUAAAUUAACUAGGAAACAGGCCGAGGGUCUUCUCCCUGCAAUUGUCGCUGCUGUAUGCACAAAUUUCUUGAUCACAGUAGUCUGUGGCUGUUCGUAUCGAUGGAUCUUCAUGGCAUGACGGCACAGUGUAAAAACUUGACAAGACUUUUAAAUAGGUUACUCGACUUAAGAAAACUCGUGCACAUGAGAAGGGCAAAUAUGUAUAACGCUGCGUAUAAAAACAAUUCCCUUCGAAGGAGCAAGACACUAACUGCAGAAAACCAGUUUGAAAGACUGGCAGAAUCAGCAACACCUUUAUAUAGACAUCCUUAUGAGGUUCAGUUGGAGCUUUUUUCAGAUCAAGCACCAAAUCAUGGAAAAAGCACUCCGAAAAGUGGCGAACAUUGUCCAUUCCAAAAGGAAGUACUGUUCAGAAAAAAUUGAGAAGAUAAUCAGAGACAGUGAUGGUCUUAUUUGCCCUUUUCUAGGAAUCAAACCAGCACCACAGACAACAAACUACAGAAAUAAGUUACAGCUGCUCAUUUAUCAAGGCGUUGAUGGUGAACACCUGACAAUAGGGCUAAUUGUUGGCAGAGGAGAAAAUAGAGUGUGUGUGCCGACGGAUCACUUGAAGAACAUCAAAUCUCAGCAUACAAAAAUUAUUCAGUCCACAAGAGAUUUUCUGCAAUCCCCACUAUCAAGAUGUCAUGGUAGCUGGAAGGGUGUACUUAUCAGAUCCAACUGUUGGGAUCAAGCUAUGUUGGUGGUGCAAGUAGGAAGUAAAGGCCUGACAGAGGAAGUCCUGGAAAAAGUGAAGUGUGGCUUAAUGAGUUACUACACCCCUGAUUUCACUGCAGACCUGGGCAUUACAUCCAUGUAUCUGCAAGUUACAUCAGAAAACAUGGGUAUUUGCAAAUCCCAGCAUCAUCUCCAGGGUGACAUGCAUAUUUACGAGCAGCUGUUGGGCCACAAGUUUCGCAUCUCACCAAAUGCCUUUUUCCAACAAAACACACCUGCAGCAGAAGUGAUGUAUUCGCUAGUGCACCAGAUUGUGGCUUCACGCCAAAGCAAGAUGUUGAUAGAUGUUGGAUGUGGUGUGGGUACCAUUGGAAUCUUGAUGUCAGACGUGGUGGACAAUAUUCUGGGCAUUGACAUGGUUGACAGUGCUAUUGCUGAUGCCAUAUUUAACGCAGAUCUUAAUGAUGUAAAGAAUGCCAGCUAUGUUGUGGGUACAGCAAGAGCAGUCAGCAAGUCAUUAUUGGUUAAAGACGGUGUUGUUCAUGAUGAUACAGUAGCAGUGGUCAAUCCCUGUCGUAAUGGGCUCAAUAAGAAAGCUAUUAUGCGACUUCGGGGAUGUGAUGCCAUCAGACAGCUUAUUUACAUCUCUUGCAAGCCACAUGGGAAUGCACUUGUCAACUUUGUGGAUCUAAUUGCACCACAAAGUGAAGAAUUACCUGGAAUACCGUUCACACCAGUGAAAGCUGUGGCAGUAGACAUGUUCCCUCAGACUGUGCAUUCCGAGUUGAUUAUAACUUUUGAAAGAUAAAUGCUGACUCAAUAAAGAUAGAUCUAAAGUGUG